UUGGACGCGCGGCUAGUUGUUCGCUGCUUGGGGUCUGACUCCCAAGCUCCCCGCCCUCAUCAAAGGACUGUGACCCAUUGAGGGCCUCUUUUGAGGACGCGGAGACCGAGUGAUCCCCGCUGCUUCCCGUCACCUACGCUGUACCUCAUGGUGUCUACAUUCAGCAGCCCCGCUGAGGCGGCGCUGGAGCGGGAGGCGGGGGCCGCGGGGCUGCUCACGCCUCUGGCGGACCUGGACCGAGUGUACGAGCUGCAGCGAGUCGUCGGGUUUGUCCGUGACCUGGCGUGUCAGCGGGUGGCCUUGCAGUUCCCUGACCAACUGUUGGGAGAUGCUGGGGUUGUGGCUGCACGACUGGAGGAGACCACGGGGUCGAAAAUGUUCAUUCUGGGGGACACAGCCUAUGGCAGCUGCUGUGUGGAUGUGCUGGGUGCUGAGCAAGCUGGAGCUCAGGCCCUUGUACAUUUUGGCCCUGCCUGCUUAAGCCCUCCAGCCCGCCCACUGCCGGUGGCCUUCGUCUUUGGUCAGCGUUCUGUGGCCUUGGAGCUCUGCGCCAAAGCCUUUGAGGCCCAGAAUCCAGACCCCACAGCUCCUGUGGUGCUGCUGAGUGAGCCGGCCUGCGCCCAUGCCCUGGAGGCCUUGGCCACUCUCCUUCGCCCACGGUACGUGGACCUGCUUGUCUCCAGCCCAGCUCUUCCCCUGCCAGUGGACUCCCUCAAUUCAGAGCCUGAACCCCUGCAGCGUUUUGGGCGUCGCUUCCCCCUGGCCCCAGGAAGGUGUCUGGAAGAGUAUGAUGCUUUCUAUGUGGGAGGCUCUGGGGCCAGCUCUGACCCUGACCUCGAUCCUGACCUGAGCCGGCUGCUCUUGGGCUGGGCACCAGAGCGGUCCUUCUCCUCCUGCUGCCCAGACACGGGGGGGACUCGUGAUGAAGGUGCCCGGGCUGGGCGGCUGAGGGCACGGAGACGAUAUCUGGUAGAGAGGGCCAGAGAUGCUCGCGUGGUGGGGCUGCUGGUGGGCACGUUGGGUGUGGCCCGACACCGGGAGGCACUGGCACACUUGCGGAACCUGACUCGGGCUGCCGGCAAGCAUAGCUAUGUGUUAGCUCUGGGGCGGCCCACACCUCCCAAACUUGCCAACUUCCCUGAGGUAGAUGUCUUUGUGCUGUUGGCCUGUCCUCUUGGUGCCCUAGCUCCCCAGCCUUCUGGUAGCUUCUUCCGGCCUGUAUUGUCACCAUGUGAGCUGGAGGCUGCCUGCAACCCUGCCUGGCCAUCUCCAGGCCUGGCUCCCCACCUCACACACUACGCAGACUUAUUGCCUGGCUCUCCCUUCCACGUGCCCCUCCCGCCACCUGAAUCGGAACUGUGGGACAUCCCAGAUGUGUCACUCAUUACUGGGGGGCUUCGACCCCUGCCUGCCUGGAAGCCAUCAAAUGAUCCUGGAUGCUCAGCCCUGGCUCCGCGGCCUCAGCUGGAGCUGGUUGAGAGUAGCCCUGCAGGUAAGUGUGCCAAGUCUUCACUCCCGUCAGAAUUCUCCUGGAUUCAGCCCACUCAGCUUCAGUCCCCUCUCUUUGCAGCCUCAUUCCUUAGUUCCCGGAGCUGGCAAGGGCUGCAGCCUCACCUGGGUCAGACACCAGUGACAGGAGUCGUGAGCGGAAGACGAGGAAUUGCCAUCGCCUAUGAGGAUGAGGGAAGCAGCUGAUACCCUGGGAGGCCAGAGACACAGAUGGACUUAAGCAGGGGUCCUCAAACUUUUUAAACGGGGGGCCAGUUCACUGUCCCUCAGACCGUUGGAGGGCCGGACUAUAGUUUAAAAAAAAACUAUGAACAAAUUCCUAUGCACACUGCGCAUACCUUAUUUUGAAGUAAAAAAACAAAACGGCAAAACCACCCGCAUGUGGCCCGUGGGCCGUAGUUUGAGGACGCCUGGACUUUAGGAUCACUGCUAACUCUUCCGGUCCCAGGUGCUGCAGG